CUUGAGUUCAGAAAACUUGAACCCGAACCCAACCAUCCAAAAUUCCAUUUCGAUUUUCAAAUUUCCUCCUCCUCGGACUCAAACCCAGCCGGCCACCCCCAAACCCUAAAAUCCGCCGCCGCAUUCGGGCUCCGCCGAUGGGGUUCGUCGAUCCGGCGGCGCCGCUGCUGGCCACGUGCGGCGGUGACACCGUCAAGCUCUUCGACGUCACGGUCGAGUCCGGCGACCCCUGCGUCCUCGCCUACACCCCCGCGCCCUCCCACCCCGUCAACGCCGUACGCUGGAACCACACCAAUCUAAUUGUAGCAAGUGCUGGGGAUGAUAAAAAGAUCUCAUUGUGGCAUAAAAAAGGUCAAAAUGUAGGACAGCUACCAACAUCAACUGUUGAUCGUGGGGAUGACAUAGAGGAGUGCAUAUAUUCUAUCAGUUUCAGCAACAAGGGUUCACGGUAUCUUUGCUCUGGUGGGAGUGGCCACAUCGUUAGAAUAUGGGAUUUGCAGCGGAAGAGGUGCAUCAAAUGGCUAAGUGGUCACACUGACACCAUUACAGGUGUAAUGUAUAAUUGUAAAGAUGAACAUUUGGCUUCAAUCAGCAUGAAGGGGGACCUUAUUCUUCAUAAUCUUGCUUCUGGAGCACGUGCUGCUGAACUUAGUGACCCAAAUGGGCAGGUGUUGAGAGUGCUUGAUUAUUCACGUCAUAGUAGGCAUAUAUUGGUGACAGCAGGAGAUGAUGGUUCUGUGCAUCUUUGGGAUACAACUGCAAGAACUCCAAAGGUCUCGUGGCUGAAGCAACAUUCUGCACCCAUAAGUGGUGUCUGUAUUUCACCCUCCAGCGAUAAGAUAAUUGCUACAGUUGGCCUGGACAAGAAGUUAUACACACUCGACUCAGGGUCAAGAAGACCAACACACACUAUUCCUCAUGAAGCCCCUUUCUCAUCGUUGGCAUACAACGACGAUGGUACAAUAUUGGCUGCAGGCACAAAUAGUGGUCGUGUGAUAUUCUAUGAUGUUCGAGGAAAACCUCAGCCUCUGACCAUUCUUCGUGCAUACAAUAGCUCAGAGGCUGUGACAGGUUUAUGUUGGCAACGCUCAAAGCCUGUCAUUGUUAAUGAGAAUAGUUCUUCUGAGGUUGCUCUUCUGGGUGGAAGCAGCGAAGACUCUGUUCUCAUGCCAGAUCCCUUACCUUCAGCAAGUUCAGCUUUUGGAGCUGCCAUCCCAAAUCAUCGCUCUUCUUUGACGGCAAACCCAAGUGGAUUUCUUUCUACUUCAACCUCUUCAACUGUGGAGGAAACUCCAUAUAGGACACGGCCAUUGUCUGGUGGACCAUUAUUGAAACUGCAGGCGGCUCCUCGUGGUAACUUCAGUCUAAAGGAUGAUAUGGAUGUAUUCUCUCCACUUGUUGAUGUUCAACCUUUCACACCGUCCAGUGGUAGCCUGUGGGAUGACCAUGGUAGUGAUGAAACAAAAAAAGAUGAUAAACUUGGGGACAAAAAACUGUCAACAACUAGGAAGUUCCCAUAUAUUGAAGACAACAAUGAGCCACACCCAAUCUCAGAUUGGAGGUCCAUUUCCAAUUCAAGACAGGAUGAUGCCUCAUCUACGACCACUACAUCCAUGCCAUCAUGGAAGAGUGAACUAUCUAUCACUUCACCUGAGACAGCAACUGGAAAUGCAUUACAAGACAGGCUGACUCACCGUCAACAAGUUUCGCGCUUUGGGGCUUCGGCCUUUCAAACUGGUAGCUUUGCAUUUGCAGGCUUACAAGAUUCAGCUUCAGCAACCGGUAACUCAUUGAAAGGCUCUCUAACAAGUAAUAUAUUAAUGAACCUACAAAACAAGGGUGUCUUGAGCAAUGCACGUGCUUCCUUGGACACAUCAACUUCUAGCCUUCAAAGUUCACUGCCCUCAGGUUUUAUGGCCAAGACCAUACCACCAGUAAACUCUGAUCAGCCAGGAGCAGCACAAUCCAGCUCUCAAUGGAAACCCUCAACUUAUACUGAUAGAAUGAGCACAUCAUCUGUUUUUAGUGAAGGAUUAGCAUCAGCCUUUGGUUCACCAAAAUCAAAGAAGACUGGGGCAGAAACAAAAGAUGAACUGCUGAGUAGUCUUCUAUCAAGACAAGAAGCAGCUGGUGCCUCUUCAUCUGCUAGCCUUGUAGCAAACAAUGGGGUAGUGCCUCCACAAUUGCCAAGCUCAGGUUUGUCAGCUGAUCAGCAGGGAGCUUCUUCCUUCUCACUUCAGUAUGUGCAGCGCAUGCUUGAAGAAUCUUUAGGAUCAGUUCAGAAGUCCAUCCAUGAGGAUGUGAGGAAUCUCCACAUUGAACUUCUAAGACAAUUUCACAUGCAAGAGAUGGAAAUGUCAGGCGUGAUGAACCAGGUCCUAGAGAAGUUGGAAGGCCUUACAAAGGAAGUCCAACAGCUCAGAAGGGAGAACCAACAGCUCCGGCAGCAACUCCUCUAAUUUGUGUAUUCUUUUAUGGGGUUAGUUAUGACAAUUGUUGUGCUUCGCUGGAGCGUACAGUGACUACAAUCCCCAGUUGAUAUUUGGUUAUCAGUUUGUCUGAUUCUUCGGCGAACAGGAAAUCCAUGUAUGACACGGUUGUACAUAGCACCCUAAUCAAUCUAGGAGCAUAGUGAUUUAUUUUACCUGUUUGAUCAGAUUGUUUGAUGUUUCUUUCCUUUUUGUUGUGCCAUAUUUGGGCGUUGGAUGUAGCAUUAUUAUUCGUGUAUGCCUGGCCUAUGUAAAACUGCUAACAGGAGUAUAAUGGAGCACUCAUUUGUUUGUAACC